AUGCCUCAAGGUUUAGUAAUGUUAGCAACACUGCUAGUGUUUAGCAAUUAUGUCCAGUGUAAUUAUUCGACUGAUCUUAUUACAGAUUUGGUUAAAGUGCUUUUGGACAACUACUGCUCUCCGGAAAAACUUUCUGGUAUGGAAGAAGUAAUAAGAAUUGCCUCUAGCAAUACAGAGAUCCUCAGCAUCCAAGAUCCCAGUAUCCUUUCCAGUGUGCUGACAGAUGGGGUUAGGAAUACAAUCGGUGAUCCAAGACUUAAGGUCACUUAUGAACCAAAUUUUGUUCCAGCAGCACCUCCAGGAAUUCUUGACAUCACACCAGAGCAACUGGCUGCUCUGGUCAAGGGCACGGUAAAUGUAGAGAUAUUGGAAAAUGACAUUGCUUACCUAAAGAUUCAACACAUUAUUGGGGAAGAGGUUGCUCAGAAGAUCGGGCCGCUUCUGCUGCAGCAUGUUUGGGAUAAAGUUCUCCCCACCACGGCCAUGAUCCUGGACCUUCGUUACGCUGUUAGUGGGGAAUUGUCUGGCAUCCCGUACAUUGUCUCAUAUUACACUGAUGCUGAGCCUCUUAUCCAUAUAGACUCUGUUUAUUACCGUCCAUCAAACAGCACUACUGAGCUCUGGUCCAUGCCCACUUUACUGGGAAAAAGGUAUGGAACCUCCAAGCCGUUGAUGAUUCUAACAAGUAAGAACACUGUUGGCAUUGCAGAGGAUGUUGCUUACUGCCUGAAAAUCCUCAAACGAGCUACCAUAAUUGGAGAAAAAACAGCUGGAGGAUCGGUGAAAAUUGACAAAAUUAAGCUUGGUAAUUCUGAUUUCUAUGUCUCACUACCUGUGGCUAAAUCCACCAAUCCUAUCACUGGUGAAAGCUGGGAAGUCAAAGGAGUAACGCCAGAUGUAGAAACCAAUGCAGAAGAUGCCAUUGAUGCUGCAGGUGCAAUCAUUAAGCUUCGUGCUAAAAUCCCUGCAAUUGUCAAGUCUGCAGCUUCUUUAGUUACAAAAAACUAUGCUUUUGAAUCCAUUGGAGCUAUUGUAGCAGAAAAGCUAGAGGCUUUAUUGACCAGUGGGGAAUACAAUAUGAUUUCCUCAAAGGAUGAACUGAAUGCAAAGCUCUCAGCUGAUCUCUUAAGACUGUCAGGGGACAAGUGCCUUAAAAUGACAGACAACAAACCUGUACUGCCUCCAAUGAGCCCUUCACCAGAAAUAUUGGUUGCACUUGUUAAAGAUUUAUUUCACACUGAAGUGUUUAGGAACAACAUUGGUUACAUGCGCUUUGACAUAUUUGGAGACUUUCCACAAACCGCUUCAGUUGCUCAGAUCAUUGUGGAGCAUGUUUGGAACAAAGUAGUGGAAACAGAUGCUAUGAUCAUUGACCUCAGGAACAACAUUGGAGGGUCCACCAAUCCUAUUGCAGGACUUUGCUCUUACUUUUUUGAUGAAGACGUGCAGAUUGUGUUGGACAAACUAUAUGACAGAUCUUCUGACACCACAAAAGUACUUGAAACAAUUCCAGAGUUGACAGGUAAAAGAUAUGGCUCCAAUAAAGGCCUGCUGAUCCUGACUAGUGGAGUGACAGCUGGUGCAGCAGAGGAAUUUGUUUAUAUCAUGAAGAAGUUUGGCCGUGCCAUGAUUGUAGGUGAGCCAACACAUGGCUCCUGCCAGCCACCAAAAACUUUCCAAAUAAGCGACAAUGAUGUUUUUCUGGCAAUUCCAGUCACCCACUCAGACACUACCCAAGGUCCGGCAUGGGAGGGAGCCGGAAUUGCCCCUCAUGUUACAGUGUCUGCCAGUGAAGCCCUGGAUGUAGCCAAAGAUAUACUUGAGAAGCACUCUUUAGGCCAGAAAUAA